AUGGUGGGGACCGCGGAGUCGAGCGAGGUGGCAGCUCCGGUGUCGCCGUCACUGGCGCAGCGGAAGCAGGCGUGGCUGCGCGCGAGAGAGGAACUGCGGCAGGCUCAGAUCGUGACGGUCAAGCAGGGAUUGAGUCUCACCCCGAGUCUCUACUUCGGCACGCGUCGGUGCACGUACAGCACCGUCGUCUCCGUGGUCACAACCGCGUUGCCGCUGCCUCGAUACGACCCGCUAGACCCACCGCCAUUCGUCCAGCAGAACAACGCUCUCAAUGUCCCCAACGAGGCCUCUCGAUGGGCCGAAGAGCGAGCAAGAGAAGCCUUGAACCGACUACAGCAGUCCAAUGACAACAACCAGAGUGACGAACCCGAGGCGCGGUCGCCCUACGCUAUGGCCAAGGCCUUCCCGAGCCAGCAACAGCAGACGCUCGCUCUUGUGCGCGAGCAACGCGCGUUCAUGCAGUCACUGCACGAAACUCGACGCGCGCGUGCACAACGUGAGCAUCAGGCAGCUUUGGUGAUUCAACGAGUGCGUCGAAGCUUCGUGCUGCGUCGGCAGUUCCGCAGCAUCCGACAGAAGCUCAUCGUCCGCAAACGCAUUCGUGGGAGUCUGCUGCAAGUCACCAAGGGAACGGCUCUGGUACUGGGCGAGAAGGAUCGGCGGCUGCGGUUGAUGGUCAAGCAGAACAACGCGGCCACGCAGAUCCAGAACGCGUACAGGGCGUGGGGUGCGCGUCGGAUGUUGGCGAAGCUUCAAGCUCUGGAUCGUUAUGAACGGCGGCAGCGUUGUGCGUCGAUUAUUCAAGGCGUCUGGCGCGCGUGUGUUGCGCGAUAUCUCGCCACGAAGCUGCGGAUGCAGCGUGAACAGGCCCGACGGCAGGCGCUUGCGCGUACCCUCGCUAGACUCUUCCUGGGCUUUCAAGCUCGAUGUCGCGUUCGGUCUCUUCGUCUUCAACGAGAGAAUCGCGCGGCGUUCAAGCUUCAAACCGCAGUGCGAUGCCGACUCCUUGCUGCGAAGGCAUACAAUCAGGCCAAAUUCCGUGACACGCAGGAGCGCGGACACAAUGGAGCUGCGCAGAUGCAGAGUCUCGUGCGCGGCAUGCUGCAGCGGGCGUAUGUGAUCAAGAUGCGGCGCGCGGAAGAGCUGGCGGUUAGAAUAGCGUGCGCGCUGUCAAUUCAACGGGUGGUGCGGGGGUUCCUUGGGCGCCAGCGUGCUCAACGGCGAGGUAUUGAGCGUGCGAAUGAACGUGGGUGGGUCUGUGCGAUGCACAUUACGCGGAUAGCGCGCGGCUUCCUUGGUCGGUUGGUAGCGUCUCGUGAGCGAAUCCUCCAGGAAGCAGAUCUGCUUAUCCAAGCUCGACGAGGCAACGUUGAGGCUGUAGUAGACUUGCUCGACGGCUUCGACCCUACUACGAUGGGGCUCGAAGACGGUGAGGCUGAAGAUGUACCUGCACUUGAACCGGCCGAUGUGACUGUGGUAAGCGUUCCAGGAGGCAACACAGUGCUGCACCUUGCAUCCAAGUUCGGUCACCUGGAGGUUGUGACGCUGGUGCUUCCGAGGCUGCUGAGCGCUGCACCGCAGCUGGUGUACGCGCGGAAUGCCAAGGGGUUUACAGCUCUGUCCCUUGCUGUGACGAACGGCCAUGAACGUGUGGCUGUGUACCUGCUCGCAAUGACGACGCCAUUGUUCAAGGACCACGUGCUGCCUGGACGAAGACGCACUCUUCUGCAUGAAGCAGCACGACGAGGUCUGGAGACGGUAGUGGCCAAGCUACUGCAGCUUUUCCCUCAAACUUUCACUGGAGCCGAGCGCGACGAAUGGACUAAGCGUACAGCUAUCCAUGAAGCUCUUCUCGUCGGUAUUGAAGUGGUGCAACCCGGAGAAAUAUUCCCUUGGACUCGCCACCAUGUCCAUGGCUAUCGGAGUGCGUUUGCAGACGCCGAUGACGAAGCCGAACACGCAAUGGCUGGUCUGGAGACUCUGCUAGCCAAGGCCCCCCACGCUCCUCUUGAAGCGAAGGACUUUUUGGGCUUCACACCGCUUCAUAUCGCUGCAGCACGGGGAAAUCUUCGCGCCGUCACGCGGCUGUUAGCGUUUGGUGCCGAUGUGUCGGUGAAGGACGAUCACGAUCGUACUGCGUGGCGAGUUGCGCUGCUCCGUGGCCACGACGCUUGCUUCCAAGAAAUCCGACGCAAGUGGCUGCAAGACGUAGUCAGCAGCCCAAAGGGAGCAGGAGCAGGAGCAGGAGCAGCCUCCGACUCAACCGCUAUCGUUGGUCGCUCAACGGCGACAUCCGCCGGUUCUGCGACGAUGGCUCUGCAUCCACAACUCGAACGGGACCUCUUCGCUGCCUGUAAACUCGGAGACGUGUCCAAGAUGCGGUUCUACAUCGAGGAGUGCGACGUCUCGGUCAACGCUCAUCGACACGUGAGUGUGGUAAGGUACCUCUUGACCAGAGGCGAUCUAGACGUCAAUUUCACGGCAAGUGACGGACGCUCAGCUCUCACGAUAGCUCAGACAAGCCUUGAAGAAGCCUCGUCCUAG